AUGCGAUGUGGUUUACCAGUUCGGUCUACAGAUUAUGUCUAUCGAGUGUUUGCAAGCAUUUACCACCUUCACUGUUUUAAAUGUUUUUGUUGUGGUCAUUUGUUUAAAAAAGGUGACCACUACGUACUAGUGGAUGGACAAAUCAUUUGCAGACCUGACUACGAACAUUUGUUGUGUCAACCGCCGAUAUGUCAAUCCCACUUAUACUUCGAUCAGAAUGAUUCGAAUCGAAAGACACCGAAAAGGCCAAGAACGAUCUUAAACACUCAGCAGCGAAAAGCUUUCAAGUUAGCUUUCGAAAAGACAUCGAAACCAUGUCGAAAGGUACGUGAACAACUAGCAAAGGAAACAAAUUUAAGCGUUCGAGUUGUCCAAGUUUGGUUUCAAAAUCAACGUGCCAAAAUGAAGAAAAUUCAGCGGAAACAGGAAGUAUCAGAAGCAAACGAAACAGCUUGUUCAGAAAUUGAUAUUAAAUCCAACGAUGAACUAAAAUCUAACUGCGAUUCUGCUGACGAGUUGGAUUCUGAAAAUGAUGAUGUUGAGAUCGACGACGUAGGAAGAAGCGGUGAGGAAAGAGGAAAAGAGUCGAGUAAUCCGAUCGCGCAACUAUUCCAUAUGCAUGCUACAUACUUCCUAGCAUGA